GCGAGCUAGGGCGAGAUGAGCAGCCGCCGCCACCACGUCUGCUCGCCGGCGGCCUCGCCGCUGGAAGUCGACGACCUCCUCCGCGAGGUCCUGCUCCGCCUUCCCCCGCUGCCCUCCUCGCUCCCGCGCGCGUCCCUCGUCUGCAAGCGCUGGCGCCGCCUCGUCUCCGACCCCGGCUUCGUCCGCCGAUUCCGCCUCCGCCACCACAGCAACCCUCCUCUCCUCGGGUUCUUCGACAGAUUCGACGGCCUCUCCUUCCUGCCCACUCUGGAGGCCCCCAAUCGCGUUCCUCGCGACCGCUUCUCCUUCCAGUGCCCCGACCGCCCCAGAUCCCUCGGAUGCCGCGAUGGCCUCAUGCUCCUCUUCCUCCGUGACCGUCUCCAGGUCCUGGUGUGGGACCCCCUCACCGGCGACCAGCACCGCGUUGCCAUCCCUGCGGCGUUCGAUACCAAGAGAACCCUGACCAAUGGGGCGGUUCUUCGCGCUGCCGGAGACGCCCCACACUUCCGGGUGGCCUUGGUUGUCGCAGAUGGCGACGACGAGAAGCAUAUACAAGCGCUCGCCUGUGUUUACUCGUCGGAGACCGGCCUGUGGGGAAAUCUGAUCUCCACACCGGUUCCGUACCAGGCUUCCGAUAGUCUAUACAGUAUCCCCACCAUGGUUUAUACAGAUGACGCUGUGCUGGCUGGAGGUUCCCUUUACUGGAAGCUUGCUGGGAAUAUGGUUGGAGCUCUCGAGUUUGAUUUGGAGAAGCAGACUCUAGCUGUGAUACGGGUGCCACUGCAUUUUUAUGGCCAGUGGAAGAGCUUCAAGGUUAUGCGGGCCGAGGGUGGCGGGAUGGGUUUCCUCGUCGUCUCUAGCUCUGACUACACCGCCAAGUUAUGGAAGAGGAAGAUUGAUUGUCAAGGUGUUGCUUCAUGGGAGCUUGGAAGGACUAUUGAACUAGACAAGCUACUUUCCCUGAAAUCGAAUGAGAAAGGGCCCCUUGAGAUACUAGGGUUUGCUGAGCAGAAUAAUGUGAUGUUUCUGUGGACAGUUAUCGGCGUCUUCAUGAUCCAGCUGGGGUCAUUGGAGUUCAAGAAUCUUUAUAAUACCAUGGCCUUUUCUUACUACCAUCCAUUUGAAAGUGUCUAUAGUGCAGGAACAUGUGUUUCUGGUGGACACGACAGGGCUGAGCUUUUGGUCAAUACGUAAGAUGAUUGUCCGUUGGAUAUGCUGUUUGAUCUACUAAUUGAGCAGGUAUCUCGAGCUACAUUCUGGUGAAUGAAAUGAAGAAAUGGGUUGUUGGCUCUAAGGUAGGCUCUUGUAAUUUGUAUGUCGGACCUUCAGAUUGACCCUCUAUGUAGCAUGCACCGGUCUGUACGCUGCUGUGAAGUGCACCUGUAGGAAUUAAUUGCUUAAUUUGACAACCUGCCUCGAUUAUCUAGUUUCUGUAUGCAUCAGUCAGCUGGCAUGAUGGUUGAUGGCACAUUUACUUGCUUUGGUUGAUGAGUAGUUACCCUGUGUUUCAUUUAA